UAAAACGAGACUCUCUCUCUCUCUCUCGAUAACGAUCGGCUGGAAGAUCUUGUGGAUGUGAAGCGACGAUUGUGUCAAAGAGAAAGAUCUGUCAGAUCCAGCUUAUCUUGGGAUCGGCAAGAUAGCCACCGACGCGUUUUAUCGCUAGUGUGGGCCCCCAAAGCGAUCGUUUUAAAAAACCACCCCAAACGUACACUUUUGCCAAGUGUGUAAUCUAUACGUUUUGUUUCACGGCUUCUCCCAUCCAUUACCUUCCCGAUCGGGUCUCUCUUCGGCGGCAUACGCCUACAAGAGUGCACAGCCGUCAGUUCUCGUCGAGACGGCAGUCGGACCAGGCAUCAUCAUCAUCAGCUGCCCAUUACAAAGACCAAAUCGGCCUAUACAGAAGGCACGAGGAGUACUAGAAGCAGCAGCAGCACAUAGGGGGAGUGCUAAAGAAAAGAGCGAGCGAGGGAGAGAGAAACGCACAAAUGACCGGCUAAAGUGGCUCAAACGAGCGUACAGUGGAUAUGUUAUAAUGAUGACGGCUUCUACGUCAGUGAGGUGACAUUUUCGUAGCGCGUGCGUUGUACCUUUUAUCUUUUAACAUACCUACCUACUGCGCAACCACGAUUUACACUUGUGUUUCGGUGUGCGUGUGUGUUUGUGUAUUCAUCCAGUGGCCGAUUCGUAAAAGGAUUCGUCGUCUUUAUUUAAUCGUCACCUCUAUACACCCACUGCCGAUUAUUUCGUUAUCCGGCCAUUGUCACCGAGAUGGACCGUUAAUGCGACUUGUUUGUUUAUUCCUCGUAUCUCAGAAAAAUUAGCGAGAGCAACCAGGAUGACGCACUCGUGGAAGCUGAACGAGGUAGUGGGCGACGCGUCGGCCCCGAUCAACAGCAGGGCCCCUCGGUCGCCGGUCUGGGAGUGCCACAAGUCACGGCACCACUCGGUCGGCUGUAUCUACGAGCGCAGGGGCUCGCGCGGCGCGGCUCGCCAGUUUCGAGGUGCCUCGGUGUGCCCGGCCACCACGGACAAGAUCAUCAUGGAGGACGAAGCCAACGGGCCCGAGCCCCGGGAGAUCGACGCCGGCACCCCGCCACCGGUCGACGACUCGUUGUUCUUCGACCAAGAGUUCGAGGCCCUGAAGCACGUGAAGGUCGACGGUGCGAGCCUCAAAACGGCCAUGUGGGCGGCCUUCGGGGUCCUCGAGAUGAAGCGCCUCCUCGAGAUGGAGCAGGGCCUGAUCGAGCGGGGCCCCGACAACAAGCUCCUGUCGUGCUCCGACCAGCGCCUCCGCAACAUAGCCCUCCUCUGGGCCUCCUUCCGGGGCCUGGCCCACCUUCUGCCCCGCCUCGAGGAGAGCGGCGCCGACAUCACCUACGUCGAGGAACGAACCGGCAUGAGUCCCCUCCACGUGGCCUCGCUCUCCGGAAGCGUCGCCUGCCUCGAGUACCUCAUAGCCAGGGGUGCGGACGUCAAUCAGGUGAACCCGGCGAUCCACUACGCUCCCCUGCACUUUGCCGCGCUCUCCAACUCCAGCGAGGCCGCGGAGCUGCUGCUCAGACACGGGGCUCGGCUCAAUCAGCCGCCCAGCUGCCGCGGCGAGGAGGACGACGAGGUCGAGCCGGUCCUGCACUGCGCGGUCCGGGCCAAGAGCGAGGCGGUCGUCAAGCUCCUCCUCGACUCGGGUGCCAGCGUCUCGGCCAAGAACAGCAAAGGGGAGACGCCCCUCCACGUGGCCUGCCUCGUCCAGUCGCUGCCCUGCGCCGAGAUGAUUCUCUUGCAGCUGGGAGGUGCUGCCGUGGACGUGAACGCCCUCGACCAGGAGCACCGGACCCCGCUGCACAACGCGGUCAUCGACAAGUCGGCCGUACCCGAGCUCGUGGAGCUCCUCCUGAAACACGGGGCCGCGCCCAACGUGGCCGACCGCAACAAGCUGACCCCGUUGCACAUAGCGGCGCUCAACGAGCUGGCCGAGUGCGUCGACGUGCUCAUAUGGGCCGGGGCGGACGUGAGCGCGACCAAUCGGGCCGGCCUCACGGCCCUCAACAUCAUCCUCCGCAAGAUACCCGAGUGCCUCCAGGUCUUUCGCCAACGGCUCGACAACUCGAUCAGGCUGAGGCGGCCCGUGCCCCACAACCGCGAGUUCGAGAUGCGGCUGCACUUUGAGCUCUUGUUCGCCAGCGACGGCCGAGCCUGCGAGACGAGCUUCAUCAACACCUUCGUCCAGGAACACCAGAAGGACCUGCUCUCCCAUCCCCUGGUCAUGGCUUUUUUGCACCUCAAGUGGGAGAAGAUACGCAAGUUCUACCUGAUGCGGAUUCUCCUGUACACCCUGACGGUCGUCUGCAUGACGACCUACGUCCUCGCCUACAAGUGCCUCAACGAGAACAACAACUCCAAGAUCUGCAACAACAAGCGGGCCUCGGGCUUUCUUUUCAGGCGCAACGUCAUCCAGAUCGAGUGGUACGUCUCUCUGGUGCUGACCCUCAUCAUGAUACCGCGCAAGAUAUUCGGCUUCAUGGUCCACAAGUCGGCGAGGCAGUACUUCAUGAACAUCGACAACUUUCUCGACGCCAUCGUCAUCAUCAGCGUCUUCGUUACCUCGUUCGUUUACACCGGGGUCACCUACGACUGGCAGAACUACGUCGGGGCCUUUGCCGUUCUCUGCGCCUGGACGAACCUCAUGCUCAUGGUCGGCCAACUACCCGCCUUCGGCACCUACGUCGCCAUGUUCACCCACAUACAGUUCGAGUUUGCCAAGCUGCUGCUCGCCUACUCGGGUCUGCUCAUAGGCUUCACCAUCAGCUUCUGCGUGAUCUUCGUGGGCGAGCCCUCGUUCGACAACCCCCUCACGGGCCUCAUUAAGGUGCUCGCGAUGAUGGCCGGUGAGCUGGACUUUGAGGGUCUCAUCAACCAGGACGUCAUCCUCAGGGACGACUCGUUCGUCCUCUACCAUCCUCUCUCUGUGUGCUCGCAGAUACUGUUUACCCUCUUUAUUGUAUUCGUCACCGUGAUACUCAUGAACCUGCUGGUGGGGAUCGCCGUGCACGACAUCCAGGGCUUGAGGAACCACGCCGGACUGACCAAGCUCGUGCGCCAGACCAAGCUCAUCCUCUUCUCCGAGCAGUUCCUCCACACCGUGCUCCACCUGCGCGUCAUACCGGACUUUGUUAAAAAGUGGAUGUGCGACCACAAGAUCGACGUGGACAACAGGAAACGGGUACUCGUGGUCAAGCCCCUCAAUCCGCUGGAGAAGAGGUUGCCCAAGGACAUACUCAAGGCCGCGUACGAGAUCGCCCAGAGGAACGCACCACUCGUUGACGAGGAUGACGUGAGCCUGGUCGAGCACGUCAAUUGGCUGAAGAAUCACAGCGAGGAGAGCAUCGACUGUCUGCUGCAAACGACGCUGGGCCAGCUAUCGACGCAAAUCAAGGCCUCCGACAAGGACAUCAGAGUCAUCAAGGAACAGCUGCUGGAUACCAACAAGACGCUUAAGACUCUGCUGCUGAAAGCUCGGACAAGAUGAAACGAUCCAAGUAACCAACGCGGAGUAAGCUUUGAUCAUUUACUUUUCGAUGAAUAGACAUCGAGAGAGAGAAAUGGUUAUCAACGAAACUUAUUCUUUGAACGAUUGUUUCGAUCUGAUGUAUGAUACAACUAGUAUUGUAUGUUUUUUAAAAUUGUCUCUGUACAUAUAAUCUUUUGAUAAAUGAUCAAUUUUUUAGUUGUAGCGUUAGCGUUGUUGUUAUCACUUGUAACAUACUCAUUUGCAGGAUCAUUUCCAAAAAUAUACGUAUUUUACAUUGACUCGCUGCGUUUGAAAUGUAUUUAUAAUAGUACAAAAUAUGGUUGUAAGAAAAAUUAUAACUUUUAAUGUAACUAUCCAAACUUUACUGAAUAAAGUACUCAUUUACGUCA